CCGUGGUCCAGCCAGCCAGCCCAGCAGCAGGUGUUGCUAGGCGCUUGCGUGCGCGCGCUCAACGCUGUUGGCAACAGCUAUAGUUUCAGUUUUGCGCUCUCGUGCGGCGUGUGCGUGUUCUGAGGUUGUUGUGGAGCGACGCCCAAAGGGGCAGCUGUUACAGACGGUCGAGAUACGCAGCAAAAACUGCUCCGCAAAUCUGUAGUGCACGCUGUCAGUCACUUGUUAUGUGUCAGAGGCUUGUUACAUCGGCACGAUUACUCUUUGGACAUGUCGCAGGGAGUGGAUCCCGUGGUUGCAGCAGAUAACGUUUCGUCUCAGGCUGACGAAAUAGAGGCGCUAAGCGCAAUAUAUCAAGACGACUGGAAGGUGGAAGAUCCUGCCAAUCGCGUCUACAAGAUUGUAUUGUGCAGCGAAUCCAACGACGAAAAGCUGAGCUUCCAGGUUACACUGCCACCCGAGUACCCCUCGGAAGCGCCGCCGUUUUACGAGAUAAGCGCACCAUGGAUGUCACAGGAAAAGAAAGCAAGGCUCUUGGCUGCCUUGGAUGACCAUUUUUAUAAUCAUCUGGGUGAAAACAUCCUUUAUGACUGGAUUGAGAUUGCUCGCAAAGCACUUGAUGAAGGCCCUGUAGAGUGCGAACCACUAGUGACUAGUGAUGACGAAACGCCUGAAGUGGUGGAACCAUUUGAGCAGCUAACACUGGAAUCUGAUCAACCAUCAGCCAUGGAUCUCAGAGAUGGCUUGAAUAUCUUCCACGGUGGAACACUCGAAGAUCGUAGAAGUGUAUUCCAGGCUCAUCUUGCUGAAGUUCACAGUGCAAGAGAGGUUGAACAAGUUUUGGAUGUGUUGAAGACAAGCAAAAAGAUUGCAGAAGCCACACACAACAUUUGGGCAUAUCGCAUUCUUCAAACAGAGCCACGCACUGUGCUGUGCAAAGACUCUGAGGAUGAUGGGGAAACAUAUGCCGGAAAUCGCCUUCUUCAUCUUUUAGAUAUUCUCAACGUGACGAACGUUCUCAUAGUUGUUACUCGCUGGUAUGGUGGAAUUCACCUGGGUCCAGAUCGCUUCAAGCACAUCAACAAAGUGGCCAGGGAUCUUCUUGAGCAGCGGGGCUACAUCAAAAGGCUGCCAACAUCAGAUUCCAAAACCAGAGGAAAGCACAAGAAAACGAAGAGCAAGAAAAUGUGAAUGGAAUACUUCAAGCGCAAGCAUUUAAUCAUUUUCAGGCACUGCCACUGUUAUGGUUUGACAUUAGAAAGGGCUGGGUAGUUCUUUGCCAAUGGUGGUCACUGAAAUACUCUAGAGAGAUUCCCAGUCUAGAGUCCAAUGAUGUUUGCACCCAUAUCAAAAUCUGCUUUAAGCAGUGUUGCUGUGGAAGGCCGAAAACAAGGAAAACUUACAAUAGGCAGGUGAAUUGUGAUUCGUGUAGUGUUUUUCUACUUACCAUAUACGAUACCAACUACUAUUUAAAACAGUGUGAAAAAUGGGAAACAAUAAGGGAACGCGAGACAUGCGUGUGUUUCCUUAUUCUGUGUCCCAUUUUUGCGCUGUUUAAUGUAGCGUGUCUUCAUAUGAACAAGCCUGGCUAACCACCAUUCUGUUAAUCGUACAAGCCCUGGCUCUAAAAUAAGAUUUUAAAACUGUUUGGAUGUUUUUACCAAAUUGUUUAAGUGUUAACUAGUGUAAUUGUGAAGUGUCAUGUGCAAGUGUCGGUGUUUUUUAUACGUGGGGCAGAGGUAAACAAUUUACCAUAUACUGCACUGGCAUCACAGAAUCUGUUGUGUGUAUUUUUUUUUUUGUCUUUUUUUUGACAAUUGUCUUUCUGGAAGCAAUUUGCCAGUACAGUCCCUGUUAUAUUGUGCACGGUAUGCAAUCUCUCACUCUCUCUGUCUUCUUCUUUUUUUUCUUUUGUCGGCCGUUCAGCACAUGUCUGCAUAGUGGUAUUGAGCAUUGCUUUGUAGCAAAGCUACAUCUUGUCAGAAAAAAAAAAUUCACUAGUGCUGUAAAUAAGCUGUGUGUAGUCAUUAUGCAGAUCUCAAACAUUUUGGAAAAGUGCUAUAUAUGUUGAAAUGAGUGUGUGCUAUGUGUUGAAAUGAUUGUAAAAUUGAGUGCAGUGAGAAGGCAUAGGAGAAAGAAAACUAGUUAAAAGCAACAGCUGGAAGCAUGUUUUCAAAACUGCUUAUUUGUGGAGAGGAGUUUUGCCUUGUGAUAAAGUUAAUUUGUUUACAUGGGCUUUCAAGACAUUUACACUUGCCCGCAGCAUUGUCUGUGACCUAGUCCUGAAAGGCAUGGCCUUUGAAGCGACAAACUUUGGACUCCAUGUCGCGUGCCGAAGUGUAGUCCAAGAGUCUUAGAUUAUUAUUACACUGUUUGUUGCCAGUAAGUGAACAUAUGUGGCAAAACUGGCAACUUUAUGCAAUCUAUCUGUGCUGCAAAAGCAGCAGGGUCAUUUGUUUAGUUACUGCCAACAGAGAAUAGCGUUCUUAUUGAUGUGCACAAUAUUUUCACCUGUUUUGCUUUUUAAUGUUUCCAAAGGUGUCUGUGAUGUUACUUGUUGACUGUUUUGCAUUAUACGUUAUUGCAAGGCAUACAUAUUCGUGCUUCAAUGCCUAGUUAUCUUGCCCUAUGACAGCCUUUCUAGACACUGAGGUUUCAUAAUAAAUACAUGGUGCUAAGAUAUGCUAGUACAGUGUAAUAGCUUAUUUGUCACUAUGUAUUUUGUGGCUGACUUACUGUCUGUACAGCUAUACGUUUUAUUUGGGCUCUAGCUGCACAUAGCAUUGGCUAUAAAAAGUAGCUUUGAAGGCCACAGCAGUGGCUGUAACUGCCAAGGGAUCAUUAAACCACCUCUGACAUUUUUUACACAUUUCAAAUAAAUGCCCACAUUGUGUGCAGAAUGUCGUGACAAUCAGCCUUGGCAAAUACGGCAGCGCUAUGUACCACAGGAACGCUACUAUAAUUCAAAAUAUAAUCCCAUGCUCCUU